GCUUCAUGUGCAGCGGACUCAGACGGACAGAUGUUCCCCCUCUACCUGCAGCCCAGGCCCUGCCUGAAGAUGAACGUCCUCAAAGACAACAAAGACUUGGCCUGUUUCUACACAACCAAACACUCCUGGAGGGGGAAGUACAAGCGUGUUUUCUCUGUGGGAACUCACGGCAUCACCACAUACAAUCCCACCACACUAGAAGUGACUAACCAGCGCUAUAACUGCUUCAAGCAUCACUGGAGCGACGCGCGGAGGAGCGUGUGUUUGGAGGUCACGCCGGGAGGCAUCGAUCAGAUCGACCCUCAGAGCAACCGCGUGAUCUGCUCGUACGACUACCGCUGCGUGGAGGGCUUCGCCGAGCUCUCCGACUAUCAGGGAGGCUUCUGUGUGCUGUAUGGAGGCUUCGGCAGACUGCAUCUGUUUGCGUCCGAGCACCGUGACGAGAUCAUUCGCAGUGCGAUCGAACACGCCGGGAGCUUCAUCGGCAUCACGCUGCGCCUGCGUAAGGAGCUUCUGAGCUUCGAGGGCUUCCUCGGCGAGCGUCUGGGGAAGUACGGUUCGGACGAGUGCAUCACCUCACUGACCGAGUUCAUCGUGCAGAAGAUCACGCCGCGGCACACGGAGCCUGUGAGGAGGAUCCUGGCGCUCACAGAGACGUGUCUGGUGGAGCGAGACCCUGCCUCUUACAACAUCGUCACCCUCAAGCCCUUCGGAGAGGUGUUCGCUCUGAUCUGUGACGCAGACAAUCCUCAGGUGUUCACCGUCGAGUUCAUCCGCGGUCAGAUACGCAAGUACUGCUCCACAGAAAGGGACUCUCUGCUGGCGAGUCUGCUGGACAGCGUGCGGGCGUCGGGGAACAGGGACGUGUGUGUGAAGAUGGCCCCCACACACAGGGGCCAGCGCUGGGGCCUCCUCAGCAUGCCUGUGGAUGAGGAGGUGGAGAGCCUGCACCUGCGCUUCCUCGCUGCUCCUCCCAAUUGUAAUUUUGCAGAUGCAGUGUUCAGAUUUAACAGCAACAUCUCUUACAGUGGAGUAAUACACGCCGUCACUCAAGACGGUCUUUUCUCAGAGAACAAAGAGAAACUGAUCAGCAAUGCCAUCCUGGCGCUCUUAUCUCAAGAUGUGGAGCUGCCGGGGCCCAACUCUGAGCUGGAGGCCCAGUUCCUUUGGAUUAUUUUAUGGGCGUGUUGCAGGUUUAGAGAGAAGUUGGGAGUGAAAACUGUUAAAGCACUGAAGAGAAACCACAACGGCGUGACGCAUGCAGCUAUAGACAUGCUGUGUGCUCUCAUGUUCAUGUAUUUGGUCCUUCUGUCACAGCAUCCGUCUAUGGCCAUCGUCAAAGGCGCGGGUCUGAUCAUGAAGGCCAUCAUUGAGGAGGGAGAUAAGGAGAUCGCUAGUAAGAUGCAGGAGCUGGCUCUGAGUGAAGGAGCUCUUCCCAGACACCUGCACACCUCCAUGUUCACCAUCAGCGCUGACCAGCGGAUGCUCACCAACAGGCAGCUGAGUCGUCAUCUGGUGGGUUUGUGGACCGCAGAAAACUCCACGGCCCUGAACCUGCUCAAGAGGAUCCUGCCCACCGGUCUGCUGGCGUAUCUGGACAGCUCUGACCCCGUGCCUGAGAAGGACAUGGACAGAAUGCACAUACGUGACAACGUCAAGAUCGCCACGGACCAGUUUGGCAGGAAUAAAGUCCCGGAGUGGCAGCGUAUCGCGGGUAAAGCUGCUAAAGAGGUGGAGAAGUUCGCCAAAGAGAAGGCUGACAUCGUGCUGCUGCACUGGAGAGAUAAGAUGGGCAUCGCUCAGAAGGAGAACGCAAACCAGAGGCCGGUCAUCCUGAGGAAGAGACGGCAGCGGAUCAAGAUCGAGUCCAACUGGGAGCUUUUCUACUACAAGUUCCAGCUGGAUCACGCUCGCUCUAACCUGAUCUGGAACCUGAAGACUCGCGAGGAGCUGCGGGACGCUCUGGAGGCAGAGAUGCGCUCCUUCGGUGUGGACCGCGAGCUCGGCAGCGCUAGCGUCGUCUCCUGGAACCACCAGGAGUUCGAGGUGAAGUACGAGUGCCUCUCUGACGAGAUCAAGAUCGGGGAUUAUUACCUGCGUCUGCUGCUGGAGGAGGAUGAGAGCGAGGAGUCUGGAGCCAUCAAGAGAUCGUACGAGUUCUUUAACGAGCUCUACCAUCGCUUCCUGCUGACUCCUAAAGUGGCCAUGAAGUGUUUGUGUCUGCAGGCGCUCACCAUCGUCUACGGGAAGUGCUGCGAGGAGAUCGGACCGUUUGCUGACACCAAGUACAUCGUGGGCAUGCUGGACCGGUGUACAGAAAAGCUGGAGAGAGACAGACUCAUCCUCUUCCUCAACAAACUCAUACUCAACAAGAAAAAUGUGAAGGAUAUGAUGGACUCUAACGGAGUGCGUAUACUAGUGGAUCUGCUCACCCUCGCUCACCUUCACACCAACAGAGCCACUGUCCCGCUGCAGAGUAAUGUGUUGGAGGCUUCUCCAGACAUGAAGCGUGAGAGCGAGAAGGAGUGGUACUUCGGGAACGCAGAUAAAGAGAGGCGAGGGCCUUUCGGCUUUGAGGAGAUGCAGGAGUUCUGGAGCACCGGGACGCUGACGGCUAAGACACGCUGCUGGGCUCAGGGCAUGGACGGCUGGCGGCCGCUGCAGGCUAUCCCACAGCUGAAGUGGAGUCUGCUGGCCGCAGGACAGGCCGUGAUGAACGAGACGGAUCUGGCCACGCUCAUCCUCAACAUGCUCAUCACCAUGUGCUCCUACUUCCCCAGCCGGGACCAAGAUAAUGCCAUUAUCAGGCCUUUACCAAAGGUGAAGAGACUCAUCAGUGACAGCACCUGCCUGCCGCACAUCGUCCAGCUGCUCUUGACCUUUGACCCCAUCCUGGUGGAGAAAGUAGCUAACCUGCUGUACCUGGUGAUGCAGGACAACCCUAACCUGCAGCGGCUCUACCUCACCGGAGUUUUCUUCUUCAUCAUGAUGUACACCGGCUCCAAUGUGCUGCCCGUGGCACGGCUCUUGAAAUACACUCACCUGAAGCAGGCCUUUAAAUCAGAGGAGGCUAAAGGUCAGGACAUCGUUCAGAGGAGCGUGUUGGGCUCGAUGCUGCCGGAGGCCAUGGUGUGUUACCUGGAGAACUACGAGGCCGAGCGCUUCUCCGAGAUAUUCUUGGGAGAGUUUGACACGCCUGAAGCCAUCUGGAGCAGUGAGAUGAGGCGUCUGAUGAUCGAGAAGAUCGCCGCUCAUCUGGCAGACUUCAGUCCUCGUCUGCAGAGUAACACUCGCGCUCUCUAUCAGUAUUGUCCCAUUCCUGUGGUCAGCUUCCCUCAACUGGACAACGAGCUCUUCUGCAACAUCUAUUACCUGCGGCACCUGUGUGACUCCAGCCGCUUCCCCGACUGGUCCAUACGAGACCCGGUGAAGCUGCUGAAGGACACUCUGGACGCCUGGAAGAGAGAGGUGGAGAAGAAGCCGCCCUCCAUGUCUGUGGAUGACGCCUAUGAAGUGCUGAACCUCCCUAAAGGACAGGGACAGCAUGAUGAGAGUAAGAUAAGGAAAGCGUAUUUCAGAUUGGCCCAGAAAUACCAUCCAGACAAGAAUCCGGAGGGCAGGGACAUGUUUGAGAAGGUCAACAAGGCCUACGAGUUCCUGUGCACCAAAUCGGCCCGUAUUGUGGACGGUCCUGACCCAGAGAACAUCAUCCUGAUCCUCAAAGCCCAGAGCAUCCUGUUCAACAGACACAAGCAGGAACUGGAGCCGUAUAAAUACGCCGGCUACCCCAUGCUAAUUAAGACCAUCACCAUGGAGACGGGUGAUGGGCAGCUGUUCUCCAAGACCUCGGCUCUAUUACCUGCUGCUGCUGAGCUGGCCUUCCACACCGUCAACUGUUCAGCGCUGAAUGCGGAGGAGCUGCGGCGGGAGAACGGCAUCGAGGUGCUGAUGGAGGCUCUGUCUCGCUGCGUGUCUGUGCUCACCGCCUCCAGCAGACCGGAGGACAUGGCAGUGCAGGUGUGCGGGCACGUCUGCAGGUGCUAUAGCGUCGCUGCUCAGUUCGAGGAGUGCAGAGAGAAGAUAGUCGAGCUUCCCAACAUUAUUAGAGAUGUUUGUCACAUUCUCUACUACAGCAAGAGACUGAUCUCCUUCUCUCUCUCCUCAGAACUGGAGCCGUAUAAAUACGCCGGCUACCCCAUGCUAAUUAAGACCAUCACCAUGGAGACGGGUGAUGGGCAGCUGUUCUCCAAGACCUCGGCUCUAUUACCUGCUGCUGCUGAGCUGGCCUUCCACACCGUCAACUGUUCAGCACUGAACGCGGAGGAGCUGCGGCGGGAGAACGGCAUCGAGGUGCUGAUGGAGGCUCUGUCUCGCUGCGUGUCUGUGCUCACCGCCUCCAGCAGACCGGAGGACAUGGCAGUGCAGGUGUGCGGGCACGUCUGCAGGUGCUAUAGCGUCGCUGCUCAGUUCGAGGAGUGCAGAGAGAAGAUAGUCGAGCUUCCCAACAUUAUUAGAGAUGUUUGUCACAUUCUCUACUACAGCAAGAACACCACUAUCUUCAGCUCCUUCGCGGUGGACUUCUUCCUGCAGACGCACCUGUACAGGGCUGGAGUGCUGUGGCACCUGCUCUUCACGCUCUUCAGCUACGACUACACGCUGGAGGAGAGCGGCGUCCAGGCCAGCCACGACACCAACCAGCAGCAGGUGUGCAACAGCCUGGCCAAGCUGAGCGUGGGGGCCCUCGGGCGUCUGGCGGGGUACAGCGGGGCCCGGGGCCCGGAGGACCAGCCCAGCGGAGGAGAGCUCCCUCCAGAGAACCCCUCCAUCAGGAAGAGCCUGGGGGCCAUGCUGACGCCCUACAUCUCACGCAGACUGAGCCGCAACUCGCCCGCCGAGGUCCUGAAGCUGCUGAACAGUAACUCGGAGACGCCGUACUUGAUCUGGAACAACGGCACGCGAGCAGAGCUGAUGGAGUUCCUGGAGGAGCAGCAGGAGAGCAACAUCAAGAGAGGCGAGUGCGACACGAGCUUCGGCUCAGAGUUCCUGUUCAGUGAACACGGGAAGGAGCUGAUCGUGGGAGAGAUCUUCGUUAGAGUUUAUAACGAGCAGCCUGCGUUUCCUCUGGAGUAUCCGAAGGCGUUUGCAUCGAGUCUGCUGGACUAUGUGGGCUCUCAGGCUCAGUAUCUGCACACGCUGCUGGCGAUGACGCAGACUAAUAAAGUGGAGUCGCAGCAGCACGCUCAGAGACUGCGCUGGGCCGAGAUGGCGCUGGAAGCUCUCCGCAACGUCAUCAAGAACAACCCAGGCUCUGAGACGGAGUGCAUCGGUCACUUCAAGCUGCUCUUCUCUCUGCUGAGGGUCCACGGCGCCGGAAGAGUCCAGCAGCUCGCUUUAGAGGUGGUGAACACAGUCACAUCAAACCAGGACUGUGUCGUCAACAUCGCUGAGUCUCUGGUUCUGCCCAAUCUGCUGGUGCUGCUGCACUCCUUACCCUCCAGCCGUCAGCUGGUGCUGGAGACGCUUUACGCUCUGACCUCCAACACCAAGAUCAUCACCGAGGCCAUGAACAGAGGUGCGCUGAUCUACCUGCUGGAUCUGUUCUGUAACUCCACCCAUCCUCAGGUGCGCACGCAGACGGCUGAGCUCUUCUCCAAGAUGACCUCGGACAAGCUGGUGGGGCCCAAGGUGCGUCUGACGCUGAUGCGCUUCCUGCCGGCCGUGUUCAUGGACGCCAUGCGUGAUAACCCCGAGGCGGCGGUGCACAUAUUCGAGGGAACGCACGAGAACCCCGAGCUGAUCUGGAACGACAGCUCGAGAGAGACCGUCUCCACCAGCGUCAGAGAGAUGAUGCUGGAGCACUUCAAGCAGCAGAAGGACAAUCCUGAAGUCAGCUGGAAGCUGGCGGAGGAUUUCUCGGUGGCCUACGGAGCGGGUCAGGGCGAGCUGGAGGUCGGCGGGGUGUUUCUGCGGAUCUUCAUCUCUCAGCCCGGCUGGGUCUUACGCAAGCCCAGAGAGUUCCUGGUGUCGCUGAUGGACACGCUGACCGCUCUGCUGGAGAAGAACAGCCCAAACGGUGAGGCUCUGGAGACGGUGAGCACCGCAGCCGUGUGUCUCUUCAGUUCACAGACGCAGCUGGCUGAUCAGGUUCCUCCUCUCGGUCAUCUGCCUCGUGUCCUGACCGCGCUCAACCACAAGAACAACGCCGUGCCCAAGAGUGCCAUCCGACUCAUCCACGUGCUCUCAGACAACGAGCUGUGCGUGCGCUCCAUGGCAGCGUUAGACACCAUCGGCCCGCUGAUGACGGGGAUGAAGCUCAGGGCUGAUAUGGCAGGACUGGCCUGCGAGGCUCUGAACCGCAUGUUCCAGCGAGAGCAGACCGAACUGGUCGCACAGGCUCUUCGGGUGGAUCUGGUGCCGUACCUGCUGAAGCUGUUGGAGGGAGUCGGGUUGGAGACUCUUGAAAACCCGUCAGCAACCAAAGCUCAGAUCGUCAAAGCGCUCAAAUCCAUGACACGCAGCCUGCAGUUCGGAGAACAGGUGAAUGAGAUCCUCUCUCGUUCCACUGUGUGGAGUGCCUUCAAAGACCAGAAACAUGACCUCUUCAUCUCCGACUCCCAGACCGCAGGUUACCUGACGGGUCCAGGAGUGGCAGGUUAUCUGACAGCAGGCAGCGGCUCUACAGUCAUGCCGAGCGUCCCGCCGCCCGUAGACAACGACACCGGAGACCUGGGCUGAACCAGACUAAUACAACACCAGACAAACCCGGACACAGACGGACCGGCUCCGGAGCGCCGCCAUCCUGAUCCUGAGAGUGACGGAGAAACAGACGGAGAGAGAGCGCCCAUCAUCCUCCCUCACAGCACUUCAUGAUCCCUUCCUCCUCUAUCAUUUUAUAUCCACUCGCAUCUCGUAAAUAAUUUCUUUCCAUGGAGAGUAAAAUAGUUUACUUUUGUAUUGAGAGAUUUUUAUGCAUUUGUUUUUUUUUUUCGUUUCCUGUCUCUUCGUCUUCCUGCGUCUCACAUUCAGCUCAUGUCUGGACUUCUGGCAUCUCUAUAUUCUUACUUUUAUUCUGAAGUCCUCGAGUAAGUGCUUGGUAUCAGAAGGAACGAGAAACUUGAGAAGGAACCUGUGAAACUGUGAUUAUUUGAUUGUGCCGCACUGCUUGUGAUCUGUCCUGGUUUGUCUCUCAUCUCAUCGUUCUGUAAACCGACAAAAACCUUCCUUCCCCAGAAAGCACUCGACUAUUUAUACCUACAUCAAGACCAACUGCAAAUGAGCGUCUGAAAAGACAAAGGACAAAUUGUACUGACUCUGAUUACAAAUGUAUGUGAAAGACUAAUUGUGAAAUGUUAAAUGUAAUAUGCCGUACAUAAACUUUCUAUAUUGAAUGUACAUUAAUAAAGAAGUAAAUCAGUUGCACUUGUACAUACAAUUUUAAGAAUAAAAGGGAAUCCUCAGCUGUUGGGGUUUUGUUUUUUCU